UCCUUGCGAGAAAGUUACCUGUGGCCGCCCAAGUCCGCCACUUUCUGCUCUGUGUCUGCCCAUUGCCACGAUCCAGGAGGACUCCGCGCCGCCCGGCCGCCUCCGAGCUCGGGCCCCAUGUGAGGGGCCCCCCCUUAUCCCACCUUUCCGGCUAGGUGAGGGCGCGAGCGGGCGAGCGAGCGAGAGUGGUGAGGGGGGACGGAAAAGCAGAAUUACCUGUAGCUCUUGUUCUGCCAUCUCGGGCGCUCUCACACACCUUCACCUGCACAGACUUGAAAGUCCAGUUUCACCAGAGGCUGAGGCUCCAGGAAAAGGGGAGCGAGUUCAUUGGAUCAAACAUGUCACAAGAGUCGGACAAGUAAGUGGAUCACACGCGCCGGCUGCUGCUGCUACCACUUUGGGCUGAUGGCAACUGUAAUAAAAGACUAGUGGCCUUAGUGCCCAUGCCCAGUGACCCUCCGUUCAACACCCGAAGAGCCUACACCAGCGAGGAUGAAGCCUGGAAGUCGUACCUGGAGAACCCCCUGACCGCGGCCACCAAGGCGAUGAUGAGCAUCAACGGGGACGAGGACAGUGCUGCGGCCCUGGGCCUGCUCUACGACUACUACAAGGUUCCUCGAGACAAGAGGUUGCUGUCUGUCAGCAAAGCAAGUGACAAUCAAGAAGACCAGGAUAAAAGAAACUGUCUUGGCACCAGUGAAGCUCAGAAUAAUUUGAGCGGAGGAGAAAACCGAGUGCAGGUCCUAAAGACUGUUCCAGUGAACCUUUCCCUAAAUCAAGAGCACCUGGAGAAUUCAAAGCGGGAACAGUACAGCGUCAACAUCGCUGAGAGCCCCGCCCUCAUCCCGGUGUCAGGAAUCACCGUGGUCAAGGCUGAGGAUUUCACGCCGGUGUUCAUGACCCAGCCUGGGCACUACACCCGGGGAGACGGGGAGGAGCAGCGCGUGGUUAUCUUUGAACAGACUCAGUACGACCUGCCCUCCAUAGCCACCCACAGCACCUAUCUCAAGGACGACCAGCGCAGCACCCCGGACAGCACCUACAGCGAGGGCUUCAAAGACGGUAGCACCGAGAAAUUUCGGAGUGCUUCGGUUGGGGCUGAGGAGUACAUGUAUGACCAGACAUCAGGCGGCACAUUUCAGUACACCCUGGAAGCCACCAAAUCUCUCCGUCAGAAGCAGGGGGAGGGCCCCAUGACCUACCUCAACAAAGGACAGUUCUAUGCCAUAACGCUCAGUGAGACCGGUGAUAACAAAUGCUUCCGACAUCCCAUCAGCAAAGUCAGGAGCGUGGUGAUGGUGGUCUUCAGCGAAGACAAGAACCGAGACGAACAGCUGAAGUACUGGAAGUACUGGCACUCGCGGCAGCACACAGCAAAGCAGAGGGUCCUGGACAUCGCUGAUUACAAGGAGAGCUUUAAUACCAUUGGCAACAUCGAAGAGAUCGCCUAUAAUGCUGUCUCCUUUACCUGGGACGUGAACGAAGAGGCCAAGAUUUUCAUCACUGUGAAUUGCCUGAGUACAGAUUUCUCCUCCCAGAAAGGAGUGAAAGGACUUCCUUUGAUGAUUCAGAUUGAUACAUACAGUUAUAAUAAUCGAAGCAAUAAACCCAUUCACAGAGCUUAUUGCCAGAUCAAGGUCUUCUGUGACAAAGGAGCAGAAAGAAAAAUCCGAGAUGAAGAGAGGAAGCAGAACAGGAAGAAAGGGAAAGGCCAGCCCUCCCAAACCCAAUGCAACAACUCCUCUGAUGGGAAGUUGGCCGCCAUACCUUUACAGAAGAAAAGUGACAUCACCUACUUCAAAACCAUGCCGGAUCUGCACUCACAGCCCGUCCUCUUCAUACCUGAUGUUCACUUUGCAAACCUGCAGAGGACUGGACAGGUGUAUUACAACACAGAUGAUGAGCGAGAAGGCAGCGUCCUUGUUAAACGGAUGUUCAGGCCCAUGGAAGAGGAGUUUGGUCCAGCACCUUCUAAGCAGAUGAAAGAAGAAGGGAUAAAGCGAGUGCUCUUGUAUGUGAGGAAGGAGACAGAUGACGUGUUUGAUGCUUUGAUGCUGAAAUCUCCCACAGUGAAGGGCCUGAUGGAUGCGAUCUCUGAGAAGUACGGGCUGCCCGUGGAGAAGAUAGCAAAGCUGUACAAGAAAAGCAAAAAAGGCAUCUUGGUGAACAUGGAUGACAACAUCAUUGAGCACUACUCCAACGAGGACACCUUCAUCCUCAACAUGGAGAGCAUGGUGGAAGGCUUCAAGAUCACACUCAUGGAGAUCUGAGCUCUGAGCUCAGUGUCCCCUUGGCAGGAGCUCUCGGCAUGUUCCUCCCUGGGAGAGAUGGGGCCCCCUGCUGCCCCAGAACCCAGAGGCCCAUCUCACCCAUCUCGUACCUGCUGUUACAAGACUGCGCUGGGAAGCCGGGCGAGGCCAAAGUCUCCGCUGAUUGUCAGAGUGCUGGACCCAUCCACCAGCUCACCCUGUAUGGCUGAAGCCUGCGCCCCUCACGAAGCUGCCUUGGGCCUGUGGGUCCUUAUUUAUUGCCCACCUUUUUCCAGAGCCUGGAGUUCAGGCCCACUGGGACUCUACAGGUCACUGCUGGCUCCAUAUGAGACCGUCCAGAGUCCCCUUUCAAGAGAAACACAACCUGUCCACUCAUCCCAAAGAGUCUGAAAAGUCCUUGCUCCUUCUUUCUCUCCUCUACAUCUCUGGAGUGACUGGACAAAGUGAGCUCCUUCUUGAUGAAGUAGUCACAGGUGGGCUAAGAGAAGGAUGCCCUCUCCCUGGUUAAAAACCCUUAGGUUGCUCUGGGGAAGGCCAUCUUGCUAAACACCUCCAGGGGAUCCCAGCAAGUGACCACUGGGCCUUAUCCCAGAGGACAUUCAGCUACCAUGUAGGGGGGAAGGAACACAGACAAUAUGCCAGACGGCCAUGUACAUAUUGUUUAUAAUAUUGCAAUAAUAUAUUUUACCUGUGGUGUGUGGGCAUGUUUAAUGCCACCGGCCUAGGAGAGGCACACACCCCGAGACUCAGAGCUUUCUGCCUCUGCACCUGUUGACGCAUGCUGGGCUAGGGCCUUUGAGGUAUUUGUGACUAUGCCCAGUACCAAGAUGGAUAUUCCACUGGGCACGUCUGGGGAGACUUGUUCCCUAUCCCCAAAGAGAGCGCCCUGUCUGUGGGCAUCACUUUCCCUCGAGGCCACAGUGUUUGUCUCAUGCCAAUAUGCUGUGCUGGACUCUUCCUUUGAGCUCUCUUGCAGGAAAGACCAUACUGUCUGAGGUCCUAACUUCUCUGGCUUUGGUAUGGGCACAGCCUGAGCUUUGUGGAGAGACUGUGCAGGGGUUUUCAUAGGGCCCCGUCACUGGAACCUGCUGCAAAGCUCCUUGGCCAUCCUAAGACUCCCGGACACUAUGUAGUGCCUCACAGUUUACAAGCAUGUCCUUCAUCUCAAGUGGCCCCUUUAAAAGCCCAACUGCAGUGCUGAGAGUCGUGCCAACAGCUCAGCUCUGAAUUGCAGGCCCGGGCUUCCUCCUGUGCCUGAAGACUGGAAUGGGAGGGAUUAUCUGCCACUGCUUCUAGGUGUGAGUUUUUGAGGAACUGAGUGAGUUAGCAAGAAAGCCCCAGGAACCCUGGCUCUUCUGAUGCCAGCCUCAGGAGGAGACUGGGAGAGAGGAGGCCUUGUCCCCUCUGCACGUGCCGUGGGAGGUGAAGAGGAGAAAGACCAGAGCUUGAACCCAAGCAUCCAAGAAGGAUGCAUUGCUGUGGGCCACUCUUCUCUUAGAGGGCACGGGUAGGGGUUUAUGGGUUUGUAGGCUGAAGCACUAGAUUUUGUAGCCACACCCAAGGCCCAGAUGUAGGACAAACUCCGCAUAAAGGUUCAGAUUUGUUCGUAAAGCACUUUGACGUCUUACCUGCAGGUCCCAUGCUCAGUGCUCCUGCCCUCUCCCCUCAUGCCUCUGAGGCCCAGAGCAGGAGGGCGAGCUGCCUGUAGCCCAGCUAUUGCUCCUUGAGGCUGCAGAGGAAUGGAAUGGAGUGGAGAGCAGACGACAUGCCCAAGAGGAUCCCAGGGGUGUUAAGGGGGCACCUUAUCGUGUGUCUCCUGGACAUGUUACCCAUCCCAGUGGUGCCAAAGGUUUGCAUGCUGGGUUCAGCUCUGCUCCAUUCUGUUCCCUCAUCCUACAUACACUCCAGCUGCCACAUACUGGACCUGAAGCUUAGGGACCAUCCUGGGUAUUAAUGGGGCUCUGUUCUGAGAUGAACAGAUUCAGCAUUGGAAAUACACGGUGUACUAUGCACUUGCCAUGCUCCUUGGGGUUAGGAAUCAUUUCCAGCAUGAUUGGCAGGACUGAUGGUUGAGCAUAGAACGCCAGAGUAGGGAAAAGGCCAAAUCUGUGGCACCUGACAGGCUACACACCCUCCUCUCUCCAGCCCCUGUUUACUGGUCUCAUUCUAGACAGAAAAUGAAUUAGAAAGGCUUUGAAUUUGUCCUAAGUCCCUGAGCAGUCACUAGGGUGGCCAGGCUAAAGAUAUGAGACCAGUGUCACCAAAGAGUGGUGUGGCACGUCAGGUCCCAUCUGACCACCUCCCUCUGCAUUCUCAGAGUGACUGGUCGUUAGCUUCCAUGUCAGCCUCACUGUGUAAGCAGAGCUUUGAUGAGCACGUUUCCCAAGCAGAAACACUCCAGAAAGAUAGGAAAACUUGCCUCCUCUUUUUUUCUGUUCCCGUAAUCAUACCCAAAUAAAUAAGCUUCUUUUUUUUUU